CAACCCGCCCACACACAGCACAGAGCGACAAGACAGUCCAGUCUCUUCUCCAGUGCCCUUUUUACCCCUCCAAUCCAAUAUCCACUCCUCCCCCCUCCGCUACACCCAAUAACCAUCCCCUCUCUGCUCGAUUUCCGCGUUUUGAGAUGAGCUCCACUGCAACGGCCACGUUCGGUUUCUGAUCUGGUUCCUGCUUGCCGCCACAUACACCGCCCCCCCCCUACCGUUUGCUUGCUUGCUGCCUGCUGCUGCUGCUGAGUUCGCUGGCGAUACAUACAAAUACUCGCGCACUCUAUGGGCAGCGAUCUGGUGGAGCUCCCUGAGCUCGAGUUGACCGAGGACGGAAAGGUGGUCGAUGGGAGUGAAGUCUCGUCGGCGUCCGACGAGAACACGAAUGGGGAGGAGCGCGAGAACGAUGCGACGCCACUUCCAGACCAGGAACAGCAGCCAGCGAAGAACGGCGCCGACAUCGCUGGUGAUGCUGGCGCUACAGAAGUGGUACAUGAUGCUGCUGCUGCUACUGCUACUGGCAGCGACGUGGUGGACACCUGUGCCAGUGAUGACAGCAACGAGAACGACCGGCCAGCAGCAGCGCUCGACGAUGCCAAGGGCGAGGGCCAAGGCGAGCAGCAGGAAGAGAAGAAGACGGAGGAGACUGUGGCUGGAGACGCCGAAGGUGAAGGGCCUAGAGAAUCAGCGGGAGAAGUCGAAGGAGGAGGAGGAGAACAUGAUGGAGGAGUAGUAGUGGAUGAAUGUCGAGCUGCCGAAGAGGGGGGAGGCAUCGAGGUAACCGAGAAAUGCCCAAAGGACGGCGAGGAGAACGGUCAGGAUAACCACGACGAUGGCAGUGUUGUGGGGGGAGUUCGCGUCGAAGAAGAGGAAGAAGGUGAAGAACCUUCUGCUCCGCCCCCGCCUCCAGCUGAGCCAACCGAAGGCGACAACCCCAACCGCGACGAGGGCCACAGCGACGACCACGACAAAGAAGAGGAGCACAAUAAUCCUCAACACCAAGAAGAGGAAGCUACUGCAGUAGUAGCUGCAGAAGAGCACGAAGAAGCCAGAGAAGCCACUGAGGAACAAGCCAGAGAAGUCUCGGAAGAGGCAUCAGCCACUGAAACAAAAGAAGAAGAGGAGAAGGCAGAACCCAUCCAGGAGGGCGAACAGCCUUCGCAUCCAACUGACCUUCACUCCUCCACUCCACCGCCUGCGGACGAACCGGACACUCCUCCAGAGCCAGCGCGCGAACCUUCGCCCGAACCUGAGCUUGCAUCUGUACCUGAGCCUGCGCUUGCACCUGAGCUUGCGCCAGAAUCCGAGCUUGCAUCUGCACCUGCCCCUGCGCCCGAAGCCGAACUUGAACCCGAGCCCGAGCACGGGCCCGAGUCCGAGUCCACGCCCGAGUCCGCGCCAGAGGAACAACCCGUCGAAGCGAACGCGGAGGACGAAGAUCCUUCGGCGCCACACACCAAGCCGGAACCAGAACCACAGCCCGAGCCUUCCUUCCCUGUCGUCUUUGUAGCCGAAGCGACGCCAGAGAGUGCGCCAGACGAAAACGACGAAACACUAGGGAAGGCUGACGUCGACACCGACGCCGACGACGAAACAUCUGCGCACGGACAUUCUGAGGAUCGUGAACUCGCCACCACAGCGGACGAGACAGAAACUUCACAGGGGGCAGAGGGAACACUGAUUACCGAAGAACCCCUUGUGAUCGCAAGUCCGCCGACUGUUGUUUCUUUUUCAGCUGCAACAUUCGACGCUCCAAACCCAGCUGACCCCGACUACCCCGCGCGGCAACCAAUCACAAGCCCCGACGCUAUCCCCAACCCGGCAGCUCCACCAAUCAAAAUGGCGGACGAACCCACCGCCAUUCCCCCUGCGCCUGUCUCCACUGACAUCGCCACUGAUCCCGCCCCUGAGACCACUAUGCCUAGCGAAUUACCGCCCGACGAAGAAUUUCACGAGGAAGAAUUUAACGACGAAGAAUUUCACGACGCUGGUGGACGUAGUGUACCCUCUGGAAUACAGACAGCUGAGGAGAUUUACGGCUUGUCGCACGCCGCCGCCGAAGAAGAGCCCGAGGAAGAGGAAGAAGUCGCGCAGCAGCCUCGGCACCACAAGUCGCGACAUCAUCGCGACGACGAGCCAGAGGAAGGGAGACGUCGCCACAAAACACCCGAGGAGCGCGCCGCACGAAAGGCGAAGAAGGCAGCGGAGAAACUCGCGAUCGAGACAGGAGAGUCGCCUUCCGAUACUCGCUCGCAAGUCAAACGGAAGCGUGACAACAAAGCCUACGAAGAACCGAUACCGUCGAUACCGCUAGAACCGUACACGCCCACGCCCUCCAGUCGCAAGUCGUCGAAGAAAGCAGAGGUGUUGUUGGGAAUGGAGCCUGAGCUUGCAGCGAAGGAGAGGCGGCGCCACAGGAAGCGUCGCGAGGAGGAAUCGCUGGCAGUACCUGAUGCCAUGCCCGAACCUGUCCACAUACCCGACGACAUGUUGGAUAUCCCCGACGUUGAUCCCGAGAUUCCCCUGGAGAAAGCGGAGCGGAAAAGGAAGCACAAGAAGGAGAAGCGGGAGAAGCGGCCGAGCAGGGGCGAGGCCGAUAUGCCUCCGCCGGAGGACUUACGCGAAGGACGCAUCUCAAGAAAGGCAGCAGGAAUACUGGGAUUGAAGAAUGGCGCUGAGGUGGUUAGAGCGUUGUCAAGGAGUAGGUCUAGGACCAGGUCGCCCGGGGUUAGAGCGAGAUCUGGCUCCAGGCAUCCCGCCGAGGACCUGCGCCCUGACAUGGCUGGUGUUGCAGUCGACGAAGAGCCGCCGGUACCGCAAUCCAGCUUCCCUGAGGAGGAGGCACGAGAGUCGCGACGACGUCGGCGUCACAGAGAACGGCGCAUGGAGGACGAAGAGGGCGCGGAGGAACCACGACACCGCCGACACAGAUCGAAAAACCCGGUCGAUGAGACUGAUGCCGAGCCUAGAGAGCAUCGGCACAAAUCCAAGACCCGAGUGCGAUCGCUGUCCCGUCACGUGUCUGGCGGGUCCGAGGUCGCUGAAGAGCGCCAUCAUCGUAGCAGAAAAAAGCACGGGUCGGAUGAAGCGAAGGAGGAGCGACGUCAUCGACACAAGGAUAAGGGGGACCGAGAGAAGGAAAAGAAAGAGAAGAAGUCACGCUCAAAGUCUAGACAUCCGGAUGAUGACGACCGAGAGCAACGAAAAGCCCGUAAGGCUGCCAAAACUGCCGCUCGUUCGAACGGUCCAGUGCCAGUUCCGGUUGCCAUGGAGCAGCAAAUCCAACCGGAGGUCGUACCUGCAACUGCCUCCAUAGCUUUUGAGCCAGAAGAGGUAGCCCACCCGCCCUCUGAACACCUGCAGCAAGACCUCGAAGCACCAGUCCCGCAGUUUGCAGGUCCCUCGUCGUUUCUGCAGGAACCGUCUGCGCACGAGCUGGAGGCGUCAGAGCUCGCGCACAAGGCUCGUCGAGCGGAGCGGAAAGCACGCAAGCAGGCGCGGACGGAAGAGGUGCUGAAGGAUAGUGGGCAUUCUCUCUCAUCCGAAGGGAAGAAGGAGAAAGCGAAGGAGCGAGAGAAGGCGGGCAGGAGUCGCAGCAAGAGCUUCUCUACCCCCGAAGAAGAGGAGGAGUACAGGCUACGCAAGGAGGCGAAACGCGCGCGGCGACAGAUUCCCGGCGAGGGCAUCGACCCGGGUUACCUCAGUCCUGUGGACGAGAGGCUUAGGAAGGGCAAGGAGCGGGAAAGGCCGGCGAUGCCGGAGGUGGUGGCCACGGGCAGGGAAAGGGCGCUGACGGAAGGGGCCAAGGACAGGUCCGACAGGGACAAGGGCGAGCGCGGAGAUAGGCCAAGGACGAGACCCAGACGCAAAACGGAUCCCACCACGACGGAGAAACGCAACAAGAGGGGCGUUAGCGAUGCUGAGGAAAGCUCUGCGGAGAAGGGCGGGUUCUUCAAGAAGGCGUUUUCGAAAUUCUUGAGGGUUUGAAUUGAAGGACACGAUCUAAUGAUGGGAAUGGAAUUACUACUGCUGGAGUUUUUUUUCUUCUUUUUUUCUUUUUCGUUUUCGUUUAUUUGUUGCGUUUGGGCGCGGCACUGGAGUUUUCUGUCUGUACGACUUUAUGAUGGAGAUGACGGGGAUGGACCUUAUGACGAGUGGGA